AUGUCACCAUCAGAAAAAGAAGUUCAUGUCCUAAUGGUGUCAGCGGCCUUUCAGGGCCACUUGAAUCCAACAUUCAACUUCGCAAAACGCCUUGCAUCAAUGGGUGUUCAUGUUACUCUCACGUUGACAGAAGAGGCACGACAUAACUUCAAUGUCUCCACCAAAGCAAACGAAAAUUCCCAUAACGGAAACAUCCAACUGGAGUUCUUCUCUGAUGGCCUUAACCUUAACUUCGAUCGCAACAAGGACACUGCCACCUUUCUUGCUUCCAUAGAAACCACCGGAGCCAAAAACCUUUCCAACCUUAUCUCCCACUUAAGCAAAGACCGAAACUACUCUUGUAUGAUUAUAACUCCCUACGUGCCAUGGGCUGCAGAAAUAGCAGCCACACAUGGCAUCCCUUGUGCCAUGCUUUGGUUCCAAGCUUGUGCACUCUAUUCCAUUUAUUGUCGCUAUGUAUGCAAAACAAAUCAUUUUCCCAAUGUUGAGAACCCCAAUGAGACUCUAGAAUUGCCUGCACUGCCACCAUUAGAGGUUAGAGAACUUCCAAGUUUUUUACUUCCCUCGUGCCCUCCCUACUACAAGAAACUGGUUUGGGAUUUUCAUCGAGUCUUGGAUAAAAUAAAAUGGUUUUUGGGAUCUUCCGUUUACGAGUUUGAAGAAGAGAUAGUGAAGUCAAUGGCUUCAUUGUUUCCGAUUUUGACUAUUGGACCACUUGUGUCACCGUUUCUGUUGGGAGAAAAAGAAGGUGAAGGCGAUGGUCUAAGUGCGAAUUUAUUGAAACCCGAAUAUUCUUGCCUAGAGUGGCUCGACAAUAAGCCACCUAAUUCGGUUAUCUACGUGGCAUUUGGUAGCUUAACGGAGCUGUCACAGAAGCAGAUAGGUAACAUAGCCACGGCUUUGAAAAAUACGAAUAGAGCGUUUCUAUUGGUGAUUAGGAAAAAAGAUGCUGAAUUUCCAAGAGGAUUUUUGGAAGAAACCAAAGGGAGGGGACUAGUUGUGACAUGGUGCCCACAAGAGAAGGUGUUAAUGCACCCUGCUGUGGCUUGCUUUGUGAGUCAUUGUGGGUGGAACUCAACACUUGAAGCAGUGACUGCUGGUGUGCCUGUGAUUGCUCAUCCAGGUUGGUCUGAUCAGCCAGUAAACGCAAGGCUCGUGCAAGAUGUUUUCAAAACUGGCGUGAAGAUGAGGUUUGGGGAAGAUGGAAUUGUCAGCACAGAAGAGGUGCAAAAGUGUAUUAAAGAAGUCAUGGAGGGCCCGAAGGCUGAGGAGUUUAAGAAGAGAGCGAUGGAGUUGAAAGUGGCAGCUAGGAAAGCAUUGCAAAAUGGUGGAUCUUCUGAGAGGAAUAUCAAUCAGUUCCUCACUGAAAUUGCUAGGAAUUCCACUUAG